CUCCUAUUUUCUUCCACAAAGUUAAAAAGGCUACAGUUGGGAGGGACCCUCAGAUAGUUUUGGUGGCCCAUUCUGUACCUCUUGGAGGUAACAUAUGAAUGUGUAAAUCAUCAUAUAUUCUCCUUUCAUCCUGUUUAAACUGUUGGAAGAAGAGGCUUUAAGAAAAAGAUUAAGGCAAAAUGACAACUGCUCAAUUUUAUUGCCAAUACUGCAUGGCAUCACUUCUUGGGAAGAAAUAUGUACUAAAGGAUGACAAUCCAUACUGUGUUUCUUGUUACGAUCGUAUCUUUUCUAACUAUUGUGAGGAGUGCAAAGAACCAAUUGAAUCAGGUUCCAAGGAUCUUUGUUACAAAGGCCGGCACUGGCAUGAAGGAUGCUUUAAUUGCACCAAAUGCAAUCACUCUUUGGUGGAAAAGCCUUUUGCUGCCAAGGAUGAGCGCCUGCUGUGCUCGGAGUGCUAUUCUAAUGAGUGCUCUUCCAAGUGCUUUCACUGCAAGAAGACCAUCAUGCCUGGUUCCCGCAAAAUGGAAUUUAAGGGUAACUACUGGCAUGAAACCUGCUUUGUAUGUGAGCACUGCCGACAGCCAAUAGGAACUAAACCUUUGAUUUCCAAAGAGAGUGGCAAUUACUGUGUGCCGUGUUUUGAGAAGGAGUUUGCUCACUACUGCAGCUUUUGUAAGAAGGUGAUAACUUCAGGUGGGAUAACGUUUCGUGACCAGCCAUGGCAUAAAGAGUGUUUUCUGUGCAGCGGCUGUAGGAAAGAGCUCUGUGAGGAAGAGUUUAUGUCCAGAGAUGACUAUCCAUUCUGUCUGGAUUGCUACAACCAUCUUUAUGCCAAAAAGUGUGCCGCCUGCACCAAGCCUAUUACUGGUCUCAGAGGUGCCAAGUUUAUCUGCUUUCAAGACCGCCAGUGGCACAGUGAAUGCUUUAACUGUGGGAAGUGCUCCAUCUCCUUGGUGGGGGAAGGCUUCCUGACUCACAACAAGGAAAUCUUCUGCCGCAAAUGUGGCUCUGGGGUGGACACUGACAUCUAGAAGGAGACAGUCCCUCCCCACUGGAAAUCCACCUUGCUUUUGUUCUCACUAAAUCCAAAACUCAA